AUGGAGAGAGUACAUUUUCUUGUGUUGAUUGUUUUUUAUGUCCAUCUAAGUUGUGUAGUCGGGUCGAAUAAUGUUCCGGCGAUUUUUAUCUUUGGGGAUUCGAUUUUCGACGCUGGAAAUAAUCAUUACAACCCGAACUGCAGUGUCCAGGCCGAUUUUCCCCCUUACGGCUCCACUUUUUUUCACCAUCCGACCGGGAGGUUCACUAAUGGCAGAAGUGUAGCAGACUUCAUUUCUGAAUAUUUGGAAAUACCUUUGCAAAAGCCAUUGUUGGAGAUAGAGCUUGAGAUCGUGAAAGGGACUCGGAAGAAUUUUCCGACCAACGGAAUCAACUUUGCUAGCGCCGGCAGCGGUGUUCUUCCGGCCACGAAUAAUGACUCCGGUGUCACACCAAUCCAAGUCCAGCUUCAACAAUUCAAAACACUAGUCCAACAAAAUCAAAUCGACAAGAAGCUCGUACCCGACUCGCUCUUCUUCAUACAAUCGGGCUCUAACGACAUUUUCAGCUACUUCUAUCCAUUCGACCCUACCACAUUGCCACCAGAAGUCUACGUGCAAUCCAUGCUGGCCCAAGUCGAAAACUUCGUGGACACGAUUUACAAGCUCGGGGCCCGACGGGUGGCCCUUUUCGCGCUAGGCCCGGUGGGUUGUGUUCCGGCGCGAGCACUUUUUCCCGGUGCACCUCUGAGGAAAUGCUAUGGAAAGAUGAAUAGAAUGGUCAAGGAUUUCAAUAUGGGCCUCGAAAAUAUGGUGACAAGUUUGCCGGUGAAGUACCCGGGUGCGGUUGGGGUAUUCGGAGCGAUUUAUAAAACGGUUCAGAUUCUUCGAGCCAAUCCUAAGCGCUACGGAUUUAGUGAUGUAGAAAAUGCAUGCUGUGGAUAUGGGAAUUUGGGAGGAGAAUUACAAUGUGGAAUGGAAGGCUACACAGUGUGCAAAAGCCCAAACGACCACUUAUUUUGGGAUUUUUUCCACCCAUCAGAGCGCACGUACAAGCUCAUCUCCAAAGCCUUGUGGGCCGGUGGGCCCAAUCGAAUCCGCCCAUUUAAUUUGAAGAAACUAUCUAACAUCACCCUUCCUAAUCACAUAUGA